AGGUUUGGUUACGAACAGCAAGAGAAUUUUUUACGACUAUGGAUGUGGGUAUGUAAUCAAAUUGACAAAAUGAUGAAGAGGUGAAGGCAGUCGAAUGCGCCCUCGCGGAGAAGUGUUUGCUGGAGCAAUUGAUUUAAAUCGACGUCACCAAAUUGGAUUUCACAUACAUUCAAGUACAAAAAGGUAUUCCGGCUCUUUCCAUGGGAACAGCUAUGGAGAGCUAAGUGAGUGUGGAGGAUGACGGCGGUGUACAUGAAUGGGGGGACUCUGGGGAGUCAGCGUUACGCCCGGUGGAGCCGGCAGGACAGUGCCGAGGACUACCCCUACAGCGAGCGCUACACUGAGGAGGAGGACGGCAGGCAGCGGCGGCUGACUCCCUUUGAGAAGCUGACCCUGGACAUGUCCCACGAUGAGAAGGUGGUGAAAGAGCUCACCCUGGGCAAGAGAAUCGGCUUCUACCGGGUCCGUGGAGAGAUUGGGAGCGGCAACUUCUCCAACGUCAAGCUGGGCAUCCACUCCCUCACUAAAGAAAAGGUAGCGAUUAAAAUCCUGGACAAGACAAAGCUGGACCAGAAGACACAGCGUCUGCUGUCAAGAGAGAUCUCCAGCAUGGAGAUGCUGCACCACCCCAAUGUGAUCCGGCUGUACGAGGUUGUGGAGACCCUGUCCAAGCUGCACCUUGUCAUGGAGUAUGCAGGAGGAGGGGAGCUCUUUACCAAGAUCAGCACAGAGGGGAGGCUCUCCGACACAGACAGCAGAAUCGUCUUCUCUCAAAUCCUCUCUGCAGUCAAACACAUGCAUGAUAACAGCAUAAUUCACAGAGACCUGAAAGCAGAGAAUGUGUUUUAUACCUGCAACAUGUGCGUGAAGGUGGGAGACUUCGGCUUCAGUACCAUCAGCAAGAAAGAAGAGACCCUCAACACGUUCUGUGGCUCUCCACCUUACGCAGCCCCUGAACUGUUCAGAGACGAGAACUACGUGGGCAUCUUCGUGGAUGUCUGGGCGCUGGGCAUCCUGCUCUUCUUCAUGGUGACUGGCACCAUGCCUUUCAGAGCAGACACUGUAGCUAAGCUGAAGAAGUGCAUUCUGGACGGCACUUAUACCAUCCCCCCUUAUAUCUUAGAGCCCUGCCAGAGACUGAUUCGAGGCAUCCUGCAGCCUGUGCCUGCCAACCGCUACACUAUAGACCACAUCAUGACCAGCGAGUGGCUUCACUCGGUCCAGUUUCCCAAAGCUAUGGAGCCUUUCAAACUGGACCCCAUGUAUCUGACUGAAACCUGUGACCUGAAGGCAGAGGAGGUGGAAGUUAAAGUGGCUUUGGAGAAUCUGGGUAUCACAGAGGAGCACAUUAGGAACAACCAGGGGAAGGACUCGCGCAGCUCCAUCACUGGAGUUUACCGCAUCAUCCUGCACCGUGUGCAGAAGAGACUGGCAAGCGACAGCGUGCCCAUUAUCACACAGCUGGAACUCAAAGACUCCAAGAAAGAGAGGCACAAGCCUAAUCGAGAGAUCAGAUACACAUCCAAACUCUGUUCAAUUUUAUAA